UUCCCACGUUUUCCCUCCAGGAGCGAAGGACCCGUCCGGAGUCCGUAGACUGAAGCAGAGAGGCAGCUCACUGAGAACCAGAGGAACUGUGGAACCAGUGGAACCAGUGGAACCGUAUAUCUAUGAGUGGAACAGUGGAAUAAGUGGAGCAGAGAACCAGUGGAUCAGACUGGGAGGGCUCCUCUCCGAAGCGCAGCAGCAGGAUUCCGUCUCUCCUGGUGUCUCCUGGUGUCUCCUGGUCUCUCCUGGUGUCUCCUGGUCUCUCCUGGUGUCUCCUGGUCUCUCCUGGUGUCUCCUGGUCUCUCCUGGUGUCUCCUGGUCUCUCCUGGUGUCUCCUGGUGUCUCCUGCUCGUUCGGUGUCUCCACGUCCUCGCAGCUGCUUCAGCAGCGGCUCAGUUAAUGACACUGUCACUGGGACCUGAUAUUAAUCUGUUCACCUCCUGAGUUCUGUGGAGCGUGCACGAGGAGUGAGUCACUUUCCACUCUCCUGCUCCCUGGCUCCUGCAGCUCUGGCGUCUCCUCACCAACAUCCUCACAGAUCCUAUGAGGAGUUUUCAGGCUGCUCCUCUCCCUCCUGACGAGGAGCUUCACCUCCUCCUGCCUCAGCAGCCGCUCUCUUCCUGUUUGGCUGCGUGUUGUUGUUCCAGCUCGGGUGGCAUCAGCAGUUGGUGUGUUAGUAUGAGAAGUGUUGUGAGCUGCCAGCCGGCUGCAGAAUGUGGUGUGUAGGUGAAAGCUGCAUCACGGGAAGUGGAGCAGAGGGAGGAGGACGGGACACAAGUUACUUAUUAAGAGCUGAGGAGCACAGCGUCUCAGGGAGGAUUCCAUUUCCACAUCGUUUUGGUGAGAGCGUUUGCACGAGCAGCAAAAGUCAAAGAGCAAAAAAAGACUUUAAUAUUUUAUAGUUUGGAGAAAGUGUGAUGAGGGUGAAGUCAUGACUCCUGUCUAUGAACUGAGGCUCUUAAACACAACGCUGGAAUAAAGAUGGACGCUGCGUCUCCACUGGUUCACAGAAAACACAGUGUGCAGCUGUGGGACUAAAGUCUCCGCCCACACACACAACCAAUCAGGAGACAGUCUCAGCUGUCAAUCAUGACGUCUCGGCCCUUUUUCAAACCAUGAGAUUAAUGACAACAACCAAAACCAGUUUGUUUCAAACUGAGGACACAGGAUCCGUCCAGAUCGUGAGACGGACUCCAGAAGGAAACACCACGAAACCAAGUGUGUCCGAUUGGUCCCAGAGACAGAUGUUGGACACAUCUGGAUCCAAUCUCCAGCCUCCUGCUGGAGUUGUUUGAAGGACAGGAUUUCAGUUGUUCCACAGCAUGCACAGAGUGAGCGAGGCCAGCGAGUGGCCGCUCAGCACUUUCUCCUGAUCAGCUGACGUGUGCUCGUGCCCGCUCGGUCCACAGUGCAAAGUUCAGCCUCUGCUGCAGGACGCAGUGUCUGAGUCCUGUGAGUGUGUGUGGGACAAUCACAGUCGACAACAUGGAGCUUUGUGUUUGCAGCAGCUCACAUAAAACACACAAACAUCAUAAUUCGCUUAGGAGGCCGCCGGCGUCCCGCUGUGUGUAAUGUCUCCAUCGUGUCUGGAUAAAGAUCCACAUGCACACGCUGAGGACACAUGCAUCUGGAGGACGGACUCAGUCAUGAGAUGGUGAGUUGACGUCCGAGGACCCGAUGUCGUCCCCUCUCUGCUUCCUGCUGCUGUCCUGCCUCCUGCUGGUCCUGGUCCAGCUUCCUGGGACUCGGUGCAGACCGGCCACCGAGGACCUGGACACAGUCGACGCAGUGCAGUCGUCUGAGGAUGAAGAAGACGAUGAGUCAUCCUCAGAGGAAAACAAACUCUCCAAUGAACUUUCAACAAGCAAUGAGAAGCUGCAGCCGCUGGCGCCUCAGUGGGUGGUGCCAGAGAAGAUGGAGAAGCAGCUCCACGCCGUUCCCGCCAGUCGGACUGUGAAGUUCAGGUGCCAGGCGUCGGGGAACCCUGCUCCCACUCUGCACUGGUACAAGAACGGGAAACAGUUCAGGAAGGACCAGAGAAUCGGAGGCUUCAAGAUCAGAGAUAACAUCUGGACUCUGAUCAUGGAGUCGGUGGUUCCAUCAGACAAAGGGAACUACACGUGUGUGGUGGAGAACGAGUACGGGAGCCUGGAACACACCUACCUGCUGGACGUAGUCGAGCGCUCCCCCCACAGACCCAUCCUGCAGGCCGGGCUGCCCGCCAACCAGACGGUGGUCGCUGGUUCCAACGUUCAGUUUGUGUGUCGGGUGUUCAGCGACCCGCAGCCUCACAUCCAGUGGCUCAAACACAUCGUGGUCAACGGCAGCAGGGAGGGGCCGGACGGGCACCCCUACGUCCUGGUUCUCAAGACGGCCGGUUUGAACACGACAGAUAAGGAGAUGGAGCUUCUGACCCUGAGCAACGUGUCCCUGGAAGACGCUGGCGAGUACACGUGUUUUGCAGGAAACUCCAUCGGAGUGUCUCACCACUCUGCGUGGCUCAACGUCGUGAAAGACCUGCCCCCCGCCCCUCUGCCCUCCCAGACCUACCUGGAGAUCUUCAUCUACUGCCUCGGCUUCUUCAUCGUCAUCAUCCUCAUCAUCACCGCCGUCGUCUGCCGACUCUGCUGCUCCCCGAAGAAGAGCGACUUCAGCGGCCAGCUGGCCGUCCAGAAACUAGCCAAGAGCAUUCCCCUGAGGAGACAGGUGUCUGUCGAGUCCUCGUCCUCGCUGCAUUCUGGGAUGUGUCUGAUGCGUCAGUCUCGUCUCUCCAGCGCGGCCACCAUCCUGGCAGGCGUGUCCGAGUACGAGCUUCCCUUCGACCCGGUGUGGGAGCUGCCUCGAGAUCGGCUGAUGCUGGGGAAGCCUCUGGGGGAAGGUUGUUUCGGUCAGGUGGUUCUGGCCGAGGCCGCCGGACUCGACCAGAACAAACCGACGCGUGUCACUCAAGUCGCAGUGAAGAUGCUGAAAGCGGACGCCACAGAGAAGGACCUGUCCGACCUGAUCUCCGAGAUGGAGAUGAUGAAGAUGAUCGGAAAACACAAGAACAUCAUCAACCUGCUGGGAGCCUGCACUCAGGACGGUCCUCUGUACGUGGUGGUGGAGUACGCCUCCCAGGGGAACCUCAGGGAGUUCCUCCGCACCCGUCGCCCCGUUGGCCUGGAGUACUGGAGCGAGUCGAGACAGACGCCGCUGGACAGUUUGGAGAUGAAGGAGCUGGUGUCUGCUGCGUACCAGGUGGCCAGAGGGAUGGCGUACCUGGCCUCCAAGAAGUGUAUCCACAGAGACCUGGCAGCCAGAAACGUCCUGGUCACAGAAGACAACGUGAUGAAGAUCGCAGACUUCGGUUUGGCUCGAGACGUCCACCACAUCGACUACUACAAGAAGACGACCAACGGUCGUCUGCCGGUGAAGUGGAUGGCGCCAGAGGCUUUGUUCGACCGGGUCUACACUCACCAGAGUGACGUGUGGUCGUUUGGCGUCUUGUUGUGGGAGAUCUUCACCCUCGGUGGAUCUCCGUACCCUGGCGUCCCCGUGGAGGAGCUGUUCAAGCUGCUGAAGGAGGGUCACCGCAUGGAGAAACCCCCCGCCUGCACUCAGGAGCUGUACCUGACCAUGAGGGACUGCUGGCACGCCGUCCCGUCUCGCAGACCCACGUUCCUGCAGCUGGUGGAAGAUCUGGACAGAACGCUUUCUCUCAGUUCCAACCAGGAGUACCUGGAUCUGUCCGUUCCUCUGGUCCAGUACUCUACAGUCUGCGUCUCUUCUUCAGCUCUAUCCAGGAGCUCCACAUAGGCGUCCUGGGACCGUUUCCCUUCCUGCAGCACCUUCAUCCCGUUUCCUCUGCUGUGGAGGGGCGGCGGCGGCAGAAGUCCCAGACGAAGCUGGGCAGGAGGAGCUCAGACCAGCCGCUCUGCCGUGGUCCUUCUCAGCAGCCUGAUGUGAAGAACAUCUGGACGGAGCUGGACCGUGUGCGUCCCCCUCAACAAGGCCUCAGGAAGCAGCUUGAACACGCCUCCUCCAGCGUGAAGAGACACCGAGCGAGGAGCCGUGGACUCUGCUCCCCUCACUGUGCUCCUGGGCAAAAUGUUCCCAGUGUGAAUAUUGUAAAUAAUAGUCUGUGUUCCAGGGAUUUGUUAGAGAAAUGUGACAUGAGACGAUAAAUCGGAGAAGAAGUAAAUCACUAAAAACCAAAUAAAUAAAUAAAAUACACAAAACUCAUAAAAUAAAUCUAUAAAUAUUGAAGAAUAACCAACAUGUUCAUGCUACAGUCCUCUAAUCCCUCUAUUUUAAAUUAUUGUUCUAUUUAUAGAUUUAUAUCAUACGAUUGAAUAUUGAGUCCAUUUAUGGGGGAAAAAAAAUGAUUUAGAGAUAAAUCUUAAUAUGACGGGAACAAAGUCAUAAUUGAGAAGGAAGUUAAUUUAAUGAGGAAAAAAGUCAUAUUAAUAAUUUUUCUCUGAUUAAAUUACAACUUUUUUGUCUCUGAAUCGUACGACUUCCCUCUCUGAAUACUUUUCCUCACUAUGGCCUUAAUACUCUGUUGUUAUAUCUUGUGCAUUUUACUCUUGAUUUUGUCUCAGUUUAUUUUGUGUAUUUCUUGCAUCAGAUUAGUUUUUUCAGUCUGAAGCCACAGAUGAUGAAGAUGAUGAUGAAGAUGUCGUCAGUGUUACAGUUGAACUUUGCACUUAACCUCCAGCUGAUUCCAGCCUGCAGUUACACAAACAUGUAUAAUAACUGAUUAACAGUAUUAAAAUCUUUUUAAAUAA